CGCUCCCGGAAGUUCUCCACAGUGAAUUGAACAUGCAGCAUCUGCGCCCUCUAGAUCUUCCGUCAUGCGCUCGCUUGUUGGACUGGUCGCUGUAAUACUGACGGCUACUUUUUACCUUUAUUUACUGUCCGUCUUUCUCCCUCCUGGACCUCAGCUGCCUAAACAGAGCCAUGAAGGAGAGACGACAGACGCUAAAGAUGGAGACAAAGCAAGUGAAAUGGAGACUGCCUCCUCCAGGUUGAAGUUUCCAUCAGACCUAGAUGAGCUGAAAGAGAUGGCAGAGCUGCUGCAGUUUUAUAAGACCGAGCACACAGGAUAUGUGCUGCUACUCUUCUGCAGUGCCUACCUCUACAAGCAGGCUUUUGCCAUUCCCGGUUCCUCUUUUUUAAACAUCUUAGCUGGGGCCUUGUUUGGGACAUGGUUUGGUCUUCUUCUUGCUUGUGUCCUUACCACAGUAGGAGCCACUUUCUGUUUCCUGCUGUCCCAGGCAUUUGGCAAACAUCACAUUGUGAAACUCUUCCCUGACAAGGUUGCCAUGCUGCAAAAGAAGGUUGAGGAAAACCGAAGUAGUCUUUUCUUUUUCCUACUGUUCCUGAGAUUCUUUCCCAUGAGUCCAAACUGGUUCUUAAACAUGACCUCGCCAAUAUUGAAUAUUCCUGUCUCUCUUUUCUUCAUGGCUGUCUUCAUUGGCCUGAUGCCGUAUAACUUCAUCUGCGUCCAGACGGGAUCAAUGUUGUCUCAGAUUUCCUCUCUGGAUGACUUGUUUUCUUGGAGUGUGGUAUUGAAACUGCUUCUCACUGCCUGUGUUGCUCUGCUGCCUGGAGCUCUGAUCCGUAAAUACAGCACUCGCCAUCUCCAUCUGGACGGCCUCGAAACAAAUGGACUCAGUCAAGACAAGAAGAACCGAUAAGAGACAGUGUGGUGCCAAUGAUUCGAUUCCCCUUGGUCACUGUGGGGGGCUACUAUUUCUAUAAGAUGUGGCUUUUAAGAGCUCUGUAUGUUUGGGUGGCCUAACAUUUUUAAAAAGGAAAAUGUAUUUUUCUUAUUCUGUGUUUGGAUUGUAAUGGGUAAAGGGGACAGAAGUGUAUUUUUGCUGCAUGUUUUAGGAGGGUCUAUUGGGUCUUUCUGUAAUGUCAUUGGGCCUGAAUUCUGAAUCCUGCCUUCAUGUACUUCAUGUACAAAACUUCAUGUACAAAAAUUCUUAGAGAAACAAUUUCUUCAGUUACAAUCUGUUAAGUACCUUUUACACAAUGCACAUCAGUUACAUCUCUGUUUUAUUUUUGGUUUAAUUUUGGGGUAUUUAAUAUUAUUCUUCUGUAUUUAUAGACUGUAAUAACAUGGAUAUUGUGGAUUUUAUUUGUUGGUUACUCUUGUGGAAGUUUCACAUUUGCCUUAAGGGACCUACCUCACUGAUUGGGAAAAUAUUUAACCAUGUUGAAGCACUUGAAAGUAUUGAAAUGGAAUUUGUAAAUAUCAGAUAAAGGUUUUGUGUCAUUGUGGGGAGGCAAGCAUCUAAUGUGUGUGAAGUUAUGCCCAGUCUAAGCCUACCCAACUUAGUGUCUUUAAAUGGUGAAUUAAAGCAAAUCUUUUUGUACUUACCUGUGCAAUUCACAA